CAUCCGGAACUCAGUCAGUGUUGAUUCGGUAUUGGUCGCCCUUCCUCACGGCGUCCUUUUCCGGUCCUGGCACCCUCCUCGGCUGUAAGGAUGAUCGGAGACAUCCUGCUGUUUGGGACGCUGCUGAUGAACGCCGGGGCCGUUCUCAACUUUAAACUGAAAAAGAAGGACACACAAGGCUUCGGGGAGGAGUCGAGGGAACCCAGCACAGGAGACAACAUCCGGGAGUUCUUACUGAGCCUGCGGUAUUUCCGGAUCUUCAUCGCCCUGUGGAACGUGUUCAUGAUGCUCUGCAUGAUUGUACUGUUCGGCUCCUGAGAACCCAGAGCUCACUGGCUGACUGUCUAGGCUCCGUUUCUGUUCUGAUGAUUUCAAGAAUGUUUCUCACCGGAAAACCAGGGACUUUCCCGGAAGGCUCAAGUUCAUCUGGGUGGAGAAGGCCCACUUCCCAGCUGCCUGACUCUCAUCAGCCAUGGUUCCAGCUCUGCUCUGGGAUUUCAGGACAAAGUCAUGCUCCUGUAGGAGAAAGACACACCUAAUCUUUCAUUUGUCCUGGCACCCCACCUCUCCCAGAAUCUCAGAAGCCUGUCCUGGCUGCUAGGCUGACUUGUUAGGGGUUGCUUUGGUUUGAUUUGUACGGAUUGUUCUUAAUCAGUAUGAUCAUGAACUGGGGGCAGGGCUGGCUGUGACAGGGAGCAGCUGCUUAUGCGCUGCAGGUCCAUGCUGGGGCCAGCAAAGCCUUGCUUUCAAAUGCUCCCUCCAACCCCAUGACAGGGUCCACCUGGGGCAGCUGAAGUUACCCCAGGACUUGAGUCAGUCCUGCCCGAAGGACACCAGCGUCCUCUUUAGGCCCUAAGCUGAUAGAAAGCCUAUAGGGCCUGGGUGACAUGUGUGGCUUCUGUGGAAGAGUUGCUGGUGGUAACAAGUGAGCAGACGCCUUGCUGUACUUUCAAGCUGAUUUAACAAUUUAAUAAAGUGACUUUGGGGCCACCUCUCCAUCA